UCCACGCACCGGAAGAGGCAGUUUGAUGUAACCAGAAUCUGAAAGAUGGCGGCGCUGGUGGCUCCUCGCCUGGCCUUAUUUGGCUCAUUUUCAACGAGGCCCAUUUCAGUUUUUGCUUUGCAGCAGAAGAGCGUGCACAGCAGCGCUAAAAAUGACAACACCAGCCAAAGCGUGGUGCCGGUCAGGGAGAGGAGCACGGCGGUGGCAGCAGCAGCCAAACCCUCGGCUGUAGCCAGCAGUAAGGGGGAGUAUGUCGUCACCAAGCUGGACGACCUGGUUAACUGGGCCCGCAGGAGCUCCCUGUGGCCCAUGACCUUCGGCCUGGCGUGCUGCGCCGUGGAGAUGAUGCACAUGGCGGCUCCCCGCUACGACAUGGACCGCUUUGGAGUUGUGUUCAGAGCCAGUCCCCGACAGUCCGACGUCAUGAUUGUGGCAGGAACGCUGACCAAUAAGAUGGCUCCUGCUCUGCGCAAGGUAUACGACCAGAUGCCCGAGCCCAGAUACGUCAUUUCAAUGGGAAGCUGUGCUAAUGGAGGAGGGUACUACCACUACUCCUACGCCGUUGUCAGAGGCUGCGACCGGAUCGUGCCGGUGGACAUUUACGUUCCAGGUUGUCCUCCCACUGCAGAAGCUCUCCUUUACGGGACUUUGCAGCUGCAGAAGAAGAUCAAGAGAGAGAAGAAGCUAAAGAUCUGGUAUAGGAAGUGAAAAUGUAAUAUAUAUCCGCGUGUACCUGCUAUGUAAAUGUCGUGUUUCUGGUUGCAUUUUGGGGCACUGCUCCUCCUCCAUGUAGAGCUGCAAUAACCUCAAUAAAGUCCUUAGUUUGAUUCCUACACCGCUGCUUAUUUUCAACCAGACUCCGACUAGGUCACUCGGUUCAGGUUUUAGGGUUGCUCCAUAUCAGCUUUGUUCUUCAUAAUUCACUCGUUUAAACUGUGUUCAGUAAGCUGUAUUAUGUAUUUAUGCCGACACCUUUGACCAGCCACCCUCGCAGUGUGAGGUGCAAAACCACAGGAUCUUGCUUUUCAAUAAACUGGCAUUUUGUGGAAAUCCUUGCCUGUUGCCCAUGCGGUCAUUUUUGGGACUCUUCAGAGGGGCGUAGCCACCAGGUGGCUCUCCUGUGAUCACCAGCGCUGACCUUCAGCGUGGACGCUCGGCUGUGGCUCCGAGCAAAACGCGGUUUCACUGCGCAGACGUGCAAAGUUAAAUGUCACGUUAAAGUUUAGAACAUUCGGCCGGGGCUGCUUCUCUGCAUACGUAAUGAUGGUCAACGAUGGUCAACGGCAGCAAUGAUUCCUGCAGGCUUGUUUUCUUUUAGUGUGUGUGACUGUGAAUAAACAGCCAGGUUGAGUCCUGUUUGCUAAAGGAGAGUUUGUGAGUCACACAUUUAAGUCCUCGUAUUUGUUCAAACCUCAUGCAGCUGUGACGGCUGCUCAGUGCAUAUGGUGACCUUUGACCUCAGAUGGUUAAAGCACGUUUUCCACGUUGUUUUUCAUACAAGAACUAUUUACUGAUUACCACCAUACCGGAUUUGUUCUACACAUCCAGGACAAAUCCUGCAAAGAAUGUGUGGACGAUAUGCCCUGACAGUGUAAGCGGCAGUUAACCCUUUACCUUGUACACUUUUUUUUUAAAAAGGGAAAAGAAUAUAUCUUUCCCCAUCCUUUUCCUAUUUCUUUGGAGUAAUAACAACCAGAAUCAAUGCUUUUUUCACCGACAUUUGGGGUGAAAUGUUAUUGUAAAAGUGUGAAAUUAAAAAUCAAAAAAGGUUAAA